CACUCGCGCCUGGAGAUUUAGAUUUGAUGAAGUGGGAGGAACUAAACUUAACACAAAAAAUUCCCACAGGGUGGAGUCUGAUCAGUUCUUUCACUUUUUCACUCUAAGGUCCUGUAUAAAAGUUGCAAAGAAUUCUUAAGCGGCUCCAAGAACCAUCCUGGAGUCUGAGGACUGUGCGGAAUCCUAACCGACCCAAAUCACAAUGAUCACCUUGACAUUGCUUGCUACCUGGAUGUUCAAAUACUUGCCUGAAAUUUAACAUGCUCCAUGGAGAACUCUGAUUUUCCUCCUCAAAAUUUUUCUUUCCCAGAGCACCGUUUGUAAUGGCGGCUUCACUUCCUGAGCUACCAGCUGACAGAGUACAACACAUUGCAGCUGAACUCAGAUGUCACCCAACAGAUGAGAAGGUCGCCCUCCUCCUAGAUGAGGAAGACGUGCUAAGGCGUUUCAGGGAGUAUUUCUAUAUUCCCAAAAUGAAGGAUCUGCCUCCAAUUGAUUUAUCUUUAGUGAAUAAGAAUGAUGAUGCCAUCUACUUCUUGGGACAUUCUCUUGGCCUUCAACCAAAAAUGGUUAAAACAUAUCUUGAAGAAGAAUUAGAUAAGUGGGCCAAAAUAGGAGCCUAUGGUCAUGAUGUAGGAAAACGUCCUUGGAUUAUAGGAGAUGAGAGUAUUGUAGGCCUUAUGAAGGACAUUGUAGGAGCCAGUGAGAAAGAAAUAGCCUUAAUGAAUGCUUUGAGUGUUAACUUACAUCUCCUACUGUUAUCAUUUUUUAAACCCACACCCAAACGGCAUAAAAUUCUUCUAGAAGCCAAAGCCUUCUCUUCUGAUCAUUAUGCUAUUGAGUCACAGCUUCAACUUCAUGGACUUGAUGUUGAGAAAAGUAUGCGGAUGAUAAAGCCAAGAGAGGGAGAAGAAAUCUUGAGAAUGGAGGAUAUUCUUGAAGUAAUUGAGAAGGAAGGAGACUCGAUUGCAGUGAUCCUGUUCAGCGGGGUGCAUUUUUACACUGGACAGCUCUUUAACAUUCCUGCCAUUACACAAGCUGGACAAGCAAAGGGUUGUUUUGUUGGCUUUGAUCUAGCACAUGCAGUUGGAAAUGUUGAACUCCACUUACAUGACUGGGGAGUUGAUUUUGCCUGUUGGUGUUCCUACAAGUACUUAAAUUCAGGGGCAGGAGGUCUUGGUGGUGCCUUUGUACAUGAAAAGCAUGCCCAUACAGUUAAGCCCACGUUAGUGGGAUGGUUUGGUCAUGAACUGAGCACCAGAUUUAAAAUGGAUAAUAAGCUGCAGUUAAUCCCUGGGGUCAGUGGAUUCCGAAUUUCCAAUCCUCCCAUUUUGCUGGUCUGUUCCUUGCAUGCCAAUUUGGAGAUCUUUAAGCAAGCAACUUUAAAAGCAUUGAGGAGAAAAUCCAUUUUGUUAACUGGUUAUCUGGAAUACCUGAUCAAGCUUUACUGUAGCAAAAAGAAAGCAGAAAUCAAGGGACCAGUUGUGAACAUAAUUACACCAUCCCAUAUAGAGGAGCGGGGCUGCCAGUUAACACUAGCGUUUCCUAGAUCCCAAAAAGAUGUUUUUGAAGAACUACAAAAAAGAGGCGUGGUGUGUGACAAGAGAGAACCCCAUGGCAUUCGAGUGGCUCCAGUGCCUCUCUACAAUUCUUUUCAUGAUGUUUAUAAGUUUGUCAAGUUGCUCACUUCUGUACUUGAUUCUGCAUAAAUAAAAGAUUAGCAAUGUUUUGUUAAAAUAACUUUAGCAAAUUUUUCUGAAAGCUAUAAUAGCAUUUUUACUAUUCACAUUGUAAUUAUUAAGAAAUAUUCAAACAUUGGUUGACUGUCACUGGUAACAAAUCAUAUAUGUUACAGAAAAAUCUGAUUUUUCCAAGUGACUAUGGUCCUGAGGAAUGCACAGGGCUAUCUUCUUUCUUGAUGUUUGACAAAUCCUUAGGGUUUAAAUUUUCUAUUAGCUACCACAUUUCACGGGCUUUGAAAUGAUUUUGUUGGUUUAAUUAUAAUCCAACUGACAGCUUCAUAAUGUACGUGGAAUUCUUGGGACAAUGUUGGAAAUAUUCCUUUAAUAUUAAUUUACCAGGGUUUUUUUUAAAUAAUUGUAGUUGAACAAUCUGUUUUAUGUAUGAUUUUAUAAUGUUCUAUCCAAUUUGAGGAAAAUACAUUUUCUAUGACAGUGGCUUUCAACUGUGUUUUUGUUCACAAUCUACACUAAAAUAUAUUUAAUAUCAAAGAUGAGUAUUAAUUAAUGCCAUUAUAAUUAAUUAUAGACCACAUGUGAUAUUUGUGUCACAUUUUAUCAACUCCAAAAAGUGACAUGUAUUUCCAUUUUCAAUAAUUAGCUUCUUAAAACCACCAUUAGCCUUUAUUUUGCAUUACCAUCUCUCACAAUGAAUGUGUAACAUCUCAGGUUUAAUUUUAAAAUAGUAGGUGUAGGAAAAAAACAUUCAUAAAAUGUCUGUGCUCUGAUAUUUAUCACUGUAAUUUAUCUCUUUCAAGAAAUGCUGUUUGAAAUUAAAUUGAUAUCCCCACUCA